AACCAUCUUCAACAAACUAAAACUACUGAGUACUGAUUGUAAUUGUUUGUAAGCAAAAUAAUUACAUAAAAAGAAGUAAAAUUUAUCUAAAAUUAAUAAAAAUGGCUGGUGAAGUUAUAGUUGAUGCUUUACCUUACAUCGAUCAAGGUUACGAUGAACCUGGAAUUCGGGAAGCGGCAUUGGCGAUGGUGGAGGAAGAAACCAGGCGUUAUAGACCAACAAAAAAUUAUCUAGAACACUUGCCACCACUAAAUAUUACAGCUUUCGAAACCGAGGUAAUGAAACACGAAUUUGAGCGGCUGCAAAAUCGAUUACCUAUGGAAGUUUUAAGUAUGAAAAGAUAUGAGUUACCACCACCGCCUCCUGGAAAGUUAAAUGAUUUGACAGCUUGGAAUGAAAGUGUGGAAAAUAGUUGCGCGCAAUUGGAACAUCAAGCCACUAGAAUUUGUAACUUAGAGCUGAUAAUGGACUACGGUUGUGAAGCGUGGAAAGCUCAUCUGGAAAUUUUAAUUCAAAUGGUAAGCCAAGCCCAGAAAAAACUUCAAGUACUUCGUAAAAAUAUCCAAGAAAUAAAUUGGCAGCGGAAGUCAAUGCAAACUCAGGGAGGAGAAAAAUUACGGGCUCUUGAGUCUCAAUGGGUCGGGUUGGUAUCGAAAAAUUAUGAAAUAGAGCAAGCGUGUGUGCAAUUGGAGCAAGAAAUAUAUCGCAUCAUGCAGUCAAGAGCUGAAGCAGUUGAGAUUAAUGACGUUCCGACUGAUUCACAAGAGUCCGCUGAGCCAGAGGCCAGUGCAUCGAACACAAUGUCGAUGGAAACGAAUCAAGAUGAGGAAAAUAUUGAACAAGAUUCAAAUGUCAAAGAUGCAGAAAAUGAAAAUGUGACAGAGAAAAAAGAUGACCAGCCGCAAUAAUUAUUUUUAGACAAUUUAAGGAAAUUUAAUUUAAACUUAAAUAUAUAUUUAAUAAAGCAUAAUUUAUUUGUCUAUA